AUGCGAGAAGGCUUCAUCGUGCGCACCUUGCAAAAAUGGCUGAACCAGUACCUUGAACAGUUGGCACCGGAGCAAGUUGCGUGGAGUCUGAGACGCGGCUUCCUCAACUUGCACCGAGCGACGCUGCUGCCGCAAACCCUGUACCCGGCGAACACGGGUGUCACUACGGGACGUCUGGAACUAAGCGGUGGCCAGAUAGGUCAGAUCACGCUGUCGCUUCCGUGGCUUCAUUCUUGGCGAAAGAGCUUUGCGUUGGUGCUGGAUGAGGUAUUCCUGGAGCUCCGGUACGAACGCACAUCUGUCGAGACUGCCUCAAGCAGUGAAACGGGCACAACGCACUGCACUGCAUCGAAUGCUGGAUACGCUCCAAACUCCGAGCAAACUGGGGAAAGCACGCCAAGGCACCCAGACGCUGAAACGGCUUCGUCUGCGUUGAGAGCGGCUCAGCAGCGUGCCACGGGACGUUCCUCUCAGCGGGCAGCUGCCUCCAUUGCCUGGUACUUGCUGGAGCGGCUAGGUGUCUACGCUUGCAGCUUUCGAAUCGACGUAACGCAUUGCACCGUAUCUAUCCACUUGCCGGGGUUGCUUGACACGUCCGGUGAACAGAGAGCGAAAACAGAUCCAACAUUGGAUGCUGGUGCCUUUUGGAUCACAUGGGAACGCUUGAUGCUCUUUAGUCCCGCGAACGAGAGCGAGGCCAUUCGGUUUCUCGACGCCAUGAAACUGGAAGAUAAGGCGCCAUCACCCGAACAGUUUCUUCACUGGCUCCGCCUCGAUGGUACGAUAUGCAAGUGCCUCCAUCUGGACGCCUUGGCAUUGCGCUGGAAAGAUCAGAUCGUAGUGAAACCUCUCUACCUCCGAGUUAUGCUCUUAAUGAACGCCUAUGCUGGCAACAUCAUCCGAAUAUGGUUCCAGAUAUCACCGUUGCAGAUCCGUAUCCCUGGUGGUCUGCGGCCGCUAGCGGCGCUGCUCGCUGCACAACCCCAACGCCAAGGCACCGCAACGCCAUCAGCGGAAGCAGAAGCAGGAGAAGCAGCAUUGCAUGGUAACUACUGCAUCAGCCCUGAAACAACGGAAGCGAAAGCGAAUCUCUCCGUGCCUUGGGUGCCUUUCUGGCGAGCAUUCGAACACAGAGCGCUCCAAGUCGCCUGUGCUGGACAGCUGGAAGCACUCCAGAUCGACACGAAGUGGCUUACCGAGUACGUCUCGCUGCUGAACGAUUGGCCACCGCUUUCUAUUGGUUUGCGUACGGAAACGUGGAAUGUUGAGCUGCAAUUUUGGAGAAACAAACUGACCACAGCAUGCCUGACACUUGCAUCGUUGACGCUCGAGCUGCAUCCCAGCACAAGGCCAGCAGUGAACGAUCUGCAAGUGGCAACCGCCUCGAGUAGCAAAACGAGCACUCCGCUGGCAUCCCUCCGGUUGACGCUUCGCCCGACCAGCACACAGCUGGUAGCAUUGCGUUUGCACUGGCUUUCGGGCAUGCUCUCCGGUACCCAGGAGGACGCUCCCGAGCCGUCGACGUUGACUACAGCGGGGUCCUGGGUGCUCUCGGCUCCCGAGACAGCGAGAACACGCGCAAUACUAGCGGAAAAUACGGCUGACGCUUUCGUUUGCCAGCAGCUGAGCGCUGCGAUUGCCGCUAUAGACCUGCAGCUAAGUGAUGCGCUGCUUCUGCAUCGCCAUCAAGGCAACACGAACGACAGAAACGUUAGCAACAGCAACGCGGGAAACGUGGUGAUGGAACCCCAGCUAAGCGCCUCAGUUCAACGCUUCUCUGUGUCGGAUACGCAACCUGCAGCCGCAGCCGCUGCAACGCGAGGCGAGCACGCGGCGUUCCCGAAACGAACUCGCAUAGUCGCGGUUGUCGAGGUAGAUAGACUGCACGUUGAGCUGAUCCAUGAGACGUCUGGGAGGCUCUCACUCGAGUUGCACGGAAUCCGGGUGCCCUGGGUCGAUCCCGUUGACGCGCUUGCACUCGACAGCGCUAGCAUCGCCAACGCAACUGCAACCGGCCAGGAUGCCAUCGCGGUUGCCUGUCGGGUUUAUCGAGAGCAGGAGCGACCGCAAGCAGCCGCUCCAUUGAAGUCACAUCAUCGAGAGGAGCAAGCAGCGCCCUGUCUGGCAGGUCUACAAGUGCAUACUGGCACCGGUCACUGGUCUGCUUGCUGCACUACGCUGCCGAUCGAGCAGCUGGACGCGAGCGCCCCCACGGAAAUGACACUGUUCGCUUCCGAAGAGCCAUUUUUGCUGACUGCUUGGUACUGGGCAGGGCACUCGCGUUCACAACUAGUCGCUGUUGAUGGUGCUCGCGAUCCGCACGCCCGCAUACCUAUGGUCAUCCUGUCCCAGGUGUCGGUGCGUCUAGUGCCGGUUGCAAUACUCCGAUACGUAUACCAAGCUCAAGAGAGCCUGUUGCGCAUCAUGCGCACCCCCUGGGUGUCCGCAGCGAGUACCGAGCAGCCACCUGUGGAUACAUCGUUGGACGGCAGUUCGGAUGUGCAGUGUCAGCGUCUGCACUUGGUCAUCGACUGGGCAGGAUUCGACGGUACCGCAGCAGCCGGAGCGUGCAUUCUCAAAGCUUCUCGCAUGCGGUUGCAGGUACGAAAGCGGCUGGCAUUGGCCUCGCCCGGAGCUUGUCUGGUGUUCGAAGCCGAAACCUUGGCGCUCGAGCUAGCGCAGCGCUGUCUGCUCGUGCAGCUCAGUGACCUCACAGCACAGUUACCGCUCAUCAGACGAGAAGCUUCAUCUGUGCUCGCUUCCGGUGUGCAAACAGAUGCCGUUUCUUCUAUGGGCAUCGUUCGCGUCGGGUGUCUCGCUCUGGAAUGGCACCCGUCUGGUAUCUGUGCGCAAAUCGUGCAAAUGCUCCAGCUUUGGAUCACCUGGUGUGCGCCCUUGUGCACCACGAUACCGGCGAGCAGCUGGCUCCGGCUCCAAACACUCGUCGAGGAUCACAUCCGCCGAGCUGAGGCUGCCGCUCAGGCAGCGAACGCACCCGUGAUCACCCCAGCAGAUGAAAAAACGUGGCGCUUAUCGCUUUUCGCCAUCGACCUCGUAUGCGACGACGUAGACGCGUUGUUCCUGUCAUCAUCAUCAUCAUCGCUGGAUCGGGAGCAGCUCCAGGCAGUCCGCCAACACCUCGCGUGCUUUGUGCAGGGAGGUCAAGUCACCAAUCAGACCGCGCAACCGCUCCUCCGUUUCGGUGAUGUGCUUCUUGAUCAUCGGACGGCGAAUGCAUCAUCCACUGAGGACGCUGGACGCUCCUACGACCUACGACCCGCUGCCCUGACCUGUCACUGGCAACAGACGACGCAUGCUGGUGCUCCGACUGCGUCGAAAUGCGCUCUCCAGAUCGUCAAGGUGCGUAUCCACGCGGACGAGGCCAAAUGUCGUCAGCUCUGGUCCAUGUGGUUGCAGCUCGAGUGGCUGUUGCACCUCGACGUGUACGAUGUGCUCAUGCAGCGCUCUACACACGACCUCGUUGAUACCAUCGGGAGCGCUGACGGACACACAGCGCCCUGCUCAGGGCAAACAGCGACAGCAAGACAGCAGUGCCCCGUCGACCAAGAGGCGCGCACCGCGACAAAGCAGCCAGCAUCAACAGCGUUGCUUGAAGAUAAGCUGCCUCCACAUGCGCCAGCGAAGAAGGAUGCGUACGUCGUCUUCGUCGAGCUUCACAUCCAGGACGUUCAGUUGCACAUGCAGGCUGCAACAUUACCAGCAACGCUUGUCCUCGAGGUAGGCGAAAUCGAAACUCCCAAUCUCAUGGAUUGCGUCUGUCGACUACGCAUCCAAGAGUCGCAGUUGUGGCGUCUCACUGGGAGCAACGACAAGGAGAAGGCGCUGACCAAUCAAGUCGACUGGGUCCUCUGUUGGCAGCGCGACAAAGCCGCAACCUUCAUUCGGGUUCCGACGGUGCACGCGCUUGGAACAGUCCACGACCUUGCGCUCCUGAAUGACGUCCUAGACUGGAUCCGUCGACUUGAAGACGCCGUGUAUCAGUAUCAGCUGGAGCAAUACGAGACGUGUCAGGUGCCGAGCUCCAAACCUCCAGUGAUGACAAGCACGAGCGCUAGCACGAACGCUACGAAAUAUCGUAGCACUAGGGAUACCCUGACGCAACAUAGUGCGAGUGCUAGCGAGCCUGCAAUGACGAUGACGUUCACCGAAGACGGUGGCGGAGCAUCCGUCGCCCGUAAUGCACAAGCCGCAAACAGCACAGUCGCGGGCGUACCCCAGGGCAGCACCCAGUUGCACCUGGAGCGUUUCUUCUUCACCUUGUGGCCGCAACACCACACUAGCAAAACCGACGCAUCCGCAAGCAGAACACCAGGCGAACAAGCACCGUCAUCGUCAUCGUUGCGUAAUCCAGGUCAGUAUCUGGACCAACAGGAUCAUCCAGCGAGCAUCGAUGAACUGGCUCUCGCUGAUCUCGCUGCCUCCAAGUUAACGCUCCAGUAUCGGUAUUGUGGACGCUCUGAAGCGCUUCGGUUCCAAGCACAAGCGGUGCGCCUCCGCACAGAGCGCAGUCACUACCUCGGUGCUCAGGGUGAAUUGGUGAUGUUGCCCUGCCUUCGAGUCCGGUACUGGAACGACACGAGCGCUGCAACUGAGGCAUCAACUCAGGCUCGAGUGCAGAUUCGACUCCAAGAUGCGCGCGUUUUUCUCGAACUCGCCCUGUUGAAGCGCAUCUGGCAGGAGUUUCGUGCAGCAGAUGGCACCGAUGAUUCGACAGCGUCAGCUGCAGAGAUAAGAGCGCCCAUCCCCACGGUUCAAGAUCCGAACGACACGAGCGAUUCCAAAUCGUCCAUCGACGAGACGAACGAGGUACACCAGCAACAGCAUCAGCAGUCGGUUUCUAGUGACGCGGUUGCCGCCCCGGAGUCAUCACGCGAGGGCGAUGUUGCGAUCACUCAUGAAGCGGGGGCCAUCAGCUGGCAACUGCACCUCGAGGCAGGUGCUGCACCCUCGCUGCUUCUCAUCCCGCUCAACCUUGACGACCAGACGCAAGACAACAGUAGCGACAACAGUAGUAGUACGAGCACAUCCUCUGGAUCAGAAGCAAGCAUUGAUGUCGAGCGUCGUACCGCUGAUCGAACGCUGGUUGUCGGGCUCUGCUUCAGCGGUAAGGCUGUAUUCUGGGAUCGUCCCAAGUGGUACCGCGUCCCCGGCUACGAACAGGCGUAUCCGCGUGAUCUCGUGGUGGCCUCACUGGUAGCAACGGCUUCCAGUCUAGCGAGCUACAUCGAUGAGCAGGGACGCUGGCGAAGCAGGCCGCAAAUACCCCCGAUGAAUCACCGGCACUACCAUUGCCAGACGAGGUAUCGAGAUGCAAGCACAGGGCAGCACGACUCGAUCAGCGCUUUAUCGAGUCAAGCAGACAAAAACGGCACAGAUGAUGAUGAUGAUGAUGAUGAUGAUGAUCGCUUCUCAGCGUUUGAUGUUCGCGCUGCGGAUUCGAGGCCUCUGUCGACUCCAGCUGGGGGACUCGCGGCUUCCGCGUUGUGGCUGCGUGGCUGUGCGCUUCAUCUGCAACAGUGCCUAGUUCGAAACUGUGCGUAUCCGCAUGUUGAGAAGCGCCUCUCUUGGUCGACACUGGAUAUACACUGGAACAACGAUUGGUGGCGUCGUCGUGCAUCAUCCUCAGUCGGCCAGCACCGCAACUCGUUCUCCUCUGGAUCAUCAUCGUCUUCUUUGUCGUCGUUAUCGACGUCAGAUGAAGCACCCUGCGCGCUCAGUGAGCCUCGAUGGUAUCAAGUCGACGGCCGCCUUGUUACCCUUACCAUGCACGUUGCCGGAGCAGCUGUUUCUAUUCCUGUCGAUGCUGGUGCUGGUGCUGGUGCUAGCGCUGGUGCAUACGCGACAAGCAGCUUGCAGUGGUCGCUGCAAAUCGAUAACCUCUCAGUUCGCGUCCUGCAACAUGUCAUUCCAUGGACAGCGCUUUGGCUCCAGGUGCAGGGCUCCUGCCGAGCGUUCCUCACUGAUGAGCUCGUUCUGGAGCCGGCACGAUUGCAACUGCAAUUGCAGCAACUAGAACGACAGACAGCUGCUGUGAACAACGACAACGACAACGACAACGACAACAGCAACGGCAUUGCUGCUGAUGCCUGUUGUGGGUCACACGAGGCGUCUACGCUGCCCGCCCGCCAGACACUGCUGCGCCUGAGCAGCACCGACGCCUUGUGCUUGAACAUUACGCCUCGAAUCGCUGCUGCUGUGGAGCGAACGCUGCAAAUACAGGCAGGCAGGCCAGAGCGCGCCGCACUGGUGGUACCAGUUCGCCCUCAGUGUGGUACGCUCGCUCUUGUCAAUGCUAGUGGCUUGCCGCUGCACCUGAGCGCGUACGGUACGCUCGCUGUCGACGAGAUGCGAUACGUUCCCCGAGCAUCGUUCUAUCAAGACAUUGCGGUUCACGCUUUGGACCAGAAUCCGCAGGUGCUGCGUCUCUCCGAGUGGCGACGGUUUCUGACAUCAUCAUCAUCAUCAUCAUCAUUGGAUGCACCAUUGGAUAAUCGCUCUGGAGGUGUAUCGCGAAGCGAGGCCCUCAGCUGGGUCGCGCCUGACGCUGCGCUCGAGCUCGUGGCGAUACAAGCCUUGCAGUGGCCCUGUUUGGUGCUGGUGGUUGUUCUGUAUCGACGCAAAAGCGUUGUUUCUGAAAAGGUAACAGCCACUGGUCAAACAGCAGCAACACCAGAUCCCCAGUGGCUCUGCCGCUUCGAGUCGCCCCUGUACUGGGAGAAUCAGACGCCACUCUGCUUGUCACUGUGGACGCAUGACACCACUUCGAACGUGCGUAACACUCCGUGCUGUAUAGCUCGUUUCGAAGCGACUGCGAAUCCAACAGCCGUCCAGAAUGGAGCAUCGAGUUUCGCUUCGCGUACCAAUAUCCGAGCAGCCUCGUUGUUUGCACCAACACCCUGUGUCUGGCAGCUCUGCACGGAACUGGACGAUGACGCGAUGGUACCAGACGUGGAUGCAAGCAGCACCAGGUUACCUGCACCGUCCAUGCUCGGGUGUGAAGCGCAACAACCACGACAAGUGCAAUGCAGUGAACACGAUGCCUGCCCCCAAGUGACUGCUCCGAAUGUGUGCCGAACCGGUGAACACGGCGUCAGCAAUGCAUCUGCAGUUGCGAGUGUGCAUCCUGCCUCGUACUUGUGGUCCUGGUUCGUGGACCUUGCCCAGAAUGUUCGCGACGACGAAUCCCGAGUGCUCUGGUUGGGUCCAUUGGCACCGUCUCCGAUACCGAGUCGUCGUCCGCGAACGCGCUCUGCGAGGCACCUGAAUCCGGAGCCGGACCCCAUCUGGGGUGCGCUGCUCACUGCCCAGGUCAUUCGUCGUGUACCAACGAGUAACGAGGCGGUGAGCGUGCCUCUUGUGUUGGUGACGCUCCAUGCACCCUGGCAAAUACGGAAUGCAUCGAUCGAACCUGUUUUCGUGGAUCGAGCGACACUGCUCUGGCCUGGUCAAGUGUAUCGCAGCUGUCGGAUGGAUGCACUGUUUGAUCUCGAGUGUGCGCUAUCCGCAGCAAAAGCAGUAGCGUCAACGACUGGAGCACCAAGUGCACCAACGGAUCCCUCGAGGAAGCGUUUGGCAACAAGAGCGACACUAGGUGGCGCUCCCGAAAGCGAAACGAAUCUUCACGACCAGCACCAGCACCAGCACCAGCACCAGCACCCUGCCCGGAAUGCCUCGGACAGCGCUGAGGAUACGAGCAUCCCCACGAGCUGCUGCUGGCAACCAGCACACUGGGUAUCGCUGGCGUUGCCGGAGGCGUUCGAGCCGCCUCCUAUGGCGCUGCUGGAGGAGCUCCAAGUCGACAGUACCGCCGCUGCCGCCAAUGCCAACGCGAAAGACUGCACCCGUGCUGGUGUGCCAGGCGCUCGUCGAGCUACCGUCCAGGAGGUGGCAGGCUGGCGUCAGCAGCGACGCCCAAAAGCCGCCACCAGCCACCAGCGGCAUCUGCCUCGAUAUCGAGGACACCAGUCAAAGUCAACGUCAACAGCAGCAUCCGAUUCAUCGGCAUUCUUGUUGCCUGGACGUGUCUGGAUUCAGCUGCCUACCACAGCGUCGACUGACUUGUUCCCGAUUCAUCCUUGGCUGGAUGAACUUGUAACCUCUCAGACUGAGGCAGUGGUAGCAUCCGAUCGUGGUGCACUUGCGCUUUCCUCCCAGGUGUGCAGGUCAUUAGCGAUUCGGGAUCGAUCACCUCAUCGAACAGCAAACGAGCCGAACGCAGCAGCAGCAGCAGCAGAAGCAGCAGAAGCAGCAGCAGCAGAAGCAGCAACCAUUCAUGCGGAUGCGAUCGAACACGAGUGCGAUGAUUAUCGUCGACGGGUAGUCUACGAUGCGCCCAGGUGGCUGGCACCGUGGCCUUGGAAGCCCGCGGAAACAAUGUCACCACUGGGGACGUGUUUUGCAGUCGACUUUGGAUGGGAGCACCCACGUGCUUUGCGGCAGAUAACCCUGUGCGUUCCGGAACUGUGGUGCUCACUGUGGACAGCGUCGCCGACGACCUUGAUGCAGGCAAUCCCUGCAGAGAGGCGCUCCUGGUGCUCGCAACUGCGACGACAUUUGGCAAACUGGAUCGACACGGGACGCCCUGGUGUCCAGUCUGACCUCGAGACUGUGCAAGCAGAGCAGGCUACGGCAACAGCUGCACCGCAAACGCCCAUCCAAAGCGUUGCCUAUCCCUGCAGCAGCAGCAGCAGCAGCAGUAGCAGCAGCUCCAUGCCCUUGACAUGUCGCGAGUGCGCACCGCCGCGUCCAAUAUCUGCUCAUACGACUGGUGCUUUUGAUGCAUUCGAGAACGCUCGUUAUGGGCGGUUACCGUAUCAAGCACGUGGUGGUGGACACAACGGCGGCCCCGUUUGCGGACAAGUGCUGCCGCUCACACUCGCCCCGUGUCCCUGGACUGCAUGGUCGCUUCCAGAGCUCGCACUCUCGUGGCGCACUGCACAUACCGAAUGGAGUGCGUGGUGUGCAGGCACCAGACUUGCGCAUGAGGCCCUGGUGAUUUCUCUCUAUGCAGUUGCAGGUGAGCGUAAGCCGCACAGAUGGACUCGUGCGAUGCUCGCGUCUCCGGCGGCGGUGCUGCAGCAGCCUAGCGCCUGGCAACGCCUUGCAUCUGCACACGGUGCCGAUCGAGCACCCACACAAGCUGCGGUGACGGUAGCGGAUGCUGUUGUUCAUGUUGCUGCUACUGGUACUCCUGAAGUGAAAACUAGUCCGUUGCGACUAGUGCGAUCAAGACACGCGAGCGUAUCGACACCACUUGAAACAGACGCUCGUUGGCCGUGGCUUGUAUCAUCAUCAUUAGCCGCAGCACCAGCAGCAGCAGCAGCGACAACACCGCAUUCGCGCUUGUCUCAAGUGUCGCGUUCUAUCGCUCCACGCUUUAGCGCUUGGUCACCUGCCGCAGCGGUGGCAGAAACUUGGCCGUCGUCGUCUUCAUCGACACCGACAACGUUCGACGGUGCGUAUGUACCGCGUCCUCGUCAGUUGGAUGCGGUCGUCUGCGUCCAACCGCUGGGGUAUCCGCUCGAGCGUUCGCGGCUGCUCGUGGUGUACCCGCGAUACCGCCUGGUGAACUUGUGGCCGGCCUACACGCUCCUGGUAUGGCCUGUCGACCAGGAUACCGGCGAUGAAUGCUUAUCAUUCGGGGCCGCAAAUCCCCGGGCAGGAACGCACAGCCCCGGCAGCGACCUGGACCUUGUCGACGUCCGGCCAACAGCCGCCAACGAUAUCGACAGACUGCUCGCUGACGGGAGCGUCUUUCGCCUCGAGCCUGGUGCCAUGGCAACGUUGCACUGGCCAGCUGGUACGAACAAGCCAUGCCUUCGCAUCCGCAUUGCUGCUCCCGGCUGGUACUGGAGUGGACGUGUUCCCGUCACCGCUGGUAGCGACUGGUGUCUGCGUCUUCGCCAGGCCUCAACGGGCGCUUGUCAGUUUCCGCGGGUGCACACUGCAGCAGGUACCAGUCCAGUGACACCCGUGCAUCUGGUAACGAUUCUGCCGCCGCAUCCGUUGCUGGUACCGUAUCGGAUCCGGAAUCAGACGAUUGAACGCAUUCGUUUCGCUCAACGCCUUGAACCGGCGCACUGUCGAAGCGGCUGCUGCAUGAAGCAGACCCAGGACGUUAUCGAUGACGAUGCGCUGCAAGCACUGGACCCGCUCUCGGAAUGCGCCUACACCUGGGAUGAGCCGCUUGCAGAGCCGAUUCUCGAGCUCUGGAUCGACGGGAUUGGAUACGUGGGCGCUUUUCGCUUAGAGCCCGAGCUGCAUUCGCAUGCUUCAGUUGCAGCUGUACAUGGAGAAACACAGGUUGCAACCGACAGCGGUGUCAGCGGCGACCGCACCAACGGGCGUAGCAGGCACCGGGGAUAUCAUGACGGAAAACGAACGGGACAAGCGGUCCAACUGCGCGUGAUUCCGCGUCUGCAACAAUGCCGGACUCGUCUCUGGCAACUAGUGGGGCUCGGUUGUCGUCGUCGUCGUCAUCGCCGUCGUCGCGUGCACGUUGCCUCGCAGACAGCGGUGCACUUGGUCUGUAAUCAAAGUGUUCGCUGGUGUGUAGCGAACUCCGCGGGCGCUCCGGGUGCAGCGUCUCGAAGCCGCACGUUCCAGAUUCGCCUGCAGCGAUGCCAGGCAACGCUUGCGCUCAUCAUCGCCGAAAACGAGCAACAACAGGAACAGCCUGCAGUGCCUCGACGCUCGAGUCAAAGCCGUGGUGCGUCAACGUCGCUGCAGCGCUCUGUAGACGAGCGACAUGAUGUUUCGACAGAAACCUCGCCGUCUGAAACACCGCUGGACGCGCUUCCAGCCAGUACGACAAUGCACUACGCUGGUGCUGGUAUCGAUCGCCACGCCUCUGCGUUCACAUGUGAGCUCUGCGUACCCGAGAUGGGCAUUUCCCUGCUGCGGAUGACGACAACGACAAGAGAGCCGCCACUUUUCGAACAAGUCGUCUACCUCGGCAUACGAGGCGUGGAUGCGCGUUGGCAUCACGUCAAACGCACCCAAGAUGGAAGCGAUAUGCUGCGUCAAAAGGCCAGUUUGGAUGAGAGCUACCAUGGUGAGGUCGCUUUUGUCUGCGAGGCACUGCAACUCGAUCACAGUUCGGCUCUGCAGCAUCCUACAUUACCAGGUGCCUGGUGUGUACCGCUGAGGCUGCACAGUGUCGCAGCGAAUGACGCUGCCUCGCGCACAAGCCGAGCACUGAGCCUCGCUUCGGAUCACGAACGGCACUCGAAGAAGAAGAAGAAGAAGAAGUCGUCGAUACGUCCAGAUCACAACACGAGCCGGCAGCUAGAUCGGCUGGCGGUUGUCUCGUGGUUCUCGCUCCGUCGCAGGCCCGUUUCGUAUGCUUGUCAGGGGUCAGCGUCAGCGCCUGGAGCGUCAUCGUUAUCAGCAUCGGUUGCCUCGAGGCGGUGGACGAGCGACGAUGGCGCUUGGCGAGCCCCGAAGCAAGCUGCUUGUGUACUGCGAACCCGUUUCGAGUCUAGUAGCACUGGUGCGCAUACGUUUCUACGGAUCCACUCGGGACAGGUGCGGUGUGGACGACUCGAUCUCGACAUCGAUGCAUCGCUGGUUGUUCAAAUGGUUGACUGGUUCGUGGCUUGGCGGCGACAAGUCGAUGCCAUGACCCCCGUUGAAACGUCUGCUGAUGCAUUGCGAAUGGCGUCUGUUGGUGCUGAGCAGCAGGAUCAAGAGCUGGAGAUCUUCUGGACACCAAGCAUGGGCCUCGUUGCAGCAACAAGUGCUCAGCGACUGACGCAAGCGCGGGCAAGGAGCUCCAGUUCGAGGCGAGCUGGAGCAGCGGCUCGGAUAUUGCGUGACGGCAAUGCACCGGCAUCGAGGUAUUGCUGGACAUGUCGCUCUGGGGAUACGUCGUCGUCACGAUCAUCGCUAUCGUCAAUGCCGUUGUCGCGUUCAUUACGGGAAUCGUUGACGCAGUGCACAGCGCGCAGGGAGAGCGACUGCAGUUGCUGUCAAUAUGACGCUGGUGCGAAUGAAGCGCUCGGUAGCUCCGCUGCCCAGUACCGGGCUGGCGCUGACGCUUGUCAGCUUUUGAGACGCGCCCUGGAGCAGGCGCUGCUACGAGGUGUUCCCAGUGUGUCCCAGGUGCAGCAGCGUUCUGAACGCUCCCUGCGACUCGCUUUUCACGACGUUGUAUGCGCUCCGCUGGCAUGCACUCUAUCGGUACGAACCGACCUGGUGAGCCUGGGAACGCUCCUGCAAUACCGCGGAAGCGAGUGGCCCCGUUUGACAGCACUCAUGCUUACACCGCUCAUGAAUGUUCAGGAUGCAUCGCUGUGGCUACGCGAACUCGUCCUCGACGGUACCUUUGAGACAAGCGACGACCUGGUGCAGCACCUGGUGCGCCAUUAUCAACAACAACUGAACCGGGAGGUUUGGAAAGUCAUCAGUUCUGCGGAAUGGUUAGGGAAUCCGGCACGAUAUGCGCGCCAUUUAAGUCGACUUGUUCGUCAGAUAGCGAGACAACUCGGAGCGUUGUUGCGUCAGCGCCAUCGGCACCGUAUCUUAGGAGCAGCGGCAGCGUUGUCGCUGGGGUAUGGCGCGGGGUUAGGUGCAGCCUCCCUGGAUGCAUUCCAUCGAAUGAUAGCGCUGGCAGCGGGAACCCUCAGGCAACAUAUAGGGCUGGCGACGCUCGCCCUUGAUAUUGCAGCGCGCAUGCCAGGCGCUGCACACAACCGGAGCAUCCCGGACGCGAACAGCGGGGCAGCACGGUUCCUUGAGCGUCGCGUUCAAGUUUCAGGUACCGGAGGUGCGUCUCAUGGGCACCAGCACCAGCAGCGGUACUCGAAAACGGAUGCAGUGGUGCCUGGGUCACCAGCCGAGCGUGCCAGCAGCUCCAAGGUGGAGCGUCUUCGGCGGCGGUGGCGGUGGCGGUGGUGGUGGCAUGCCGCGGCCGGCCAACGAAUGGGCAUCCUCCUCGCGACACCGCUUCUGUUCAUGAUGCAGGCAACGGCUACGGUGCUGGCAAUAGCUCGGGAUCUGUUAGACCAAGCAGCGUGGCAUCUGAUUGAAUCGGCUGCUGGGGAGACCGCAUGGACGUGGAGCGUUGCCGAAUGGAGCGCUCCGUUGAGACCUCCGCGGAUGCCCAGCACAAAGCUGGAUCACAGCUACGACAUCGAAGAUGCAGUGCUGGGAUACGAACUGUGGCAGAUGCUCGAUCAGGCGAGCUCCUCGGAACUUUUGUCGGAGCAGUAUCGCUUUUGUUGUCGUCCAGUGCCGAACGAGGCUGUGUUGUGCACGAAUCGGCGUCUCUGGCACUUGCGGCUACCGACAAACGGUCCGUUUUCCGUGAAUCGCUCAAGUUGCUCGUGGCAGGUCCUGGAUGAGCUCCAGUGGAGCGACGUGAUCAUGUUGUGGCUGAUGCCUCCCGGCUACGACAAGCUGCAUGUGCUUGCCCUGGCACCGGAACAGGUCAUGCCGCAAAUCCGUUGCCCCUGUGUGCUGAACCUGAAGCAGCGUCAGCAUCCAGUUCGAGCAGAUACCGCUGCGCAGGCGACGCUCACAAAGGAAAGCAGGUGCUGGCGAUGCUUCUGGCGGCGAGUCUACUGGUUCAUCCAGCGUUGGGUACCGGCAUCCGCCGACGAUCUUGUUCUGCGUUUGAAAAUGCUUCCGAGACGUACCAGCAGAGGCUGGCGGCUCCUCACGAUUCCGUUGACGAGCGCAGUUGUGGCGAACGCCGUUGCAGACCGGCUCCAAACAGUGUGGUAUGUCGCGCUUUGCAGGUCUCGUUCGCCCUGCUCCCGAGUUGUCGUGAUGGAGCGCUGGUGGUUGCCCCAGCUCCGACUAGACCAGUCCGGCCCCCGGGAACAAGCGGAGUGCCCGGAAGCACCCUGGCGCGUCCAAAAGCGCUCAAAGGCAUCGCCAGACUCGCGCUGCAACACCACUGCAUCGAUUAUAGGACGGACGGAUGCCAAACAAGCGGGUUACGGGGAAUCUGCAACACCGAACGCAUGGCAACGGUGUCGGCAGCCGCACUUGUUCCAAGGUUUUGUACCAGUGCCCCGUGGCUGGGCAGAUGCCCUGUACGCAUACGACGCUUCGGUAUCGUUUCCACUCGGUGUCUAUUUUCGUUCAUGA